AUGAUGAGUGAUCGUCAGAAAGGAUUAGAAAAUGCAGUGGGAGCCAUCUUUAGUGGGUGUGAGGUGAGGUAUUGUGUUAGACAUCUUCAUGCUAACUUUAAAAAGGAAUAUCCUGGACUUUUACUUAAGCAACUUUUGUGGGCAGCAGCUAAUACUACAACACAAGCUGAGUUUGCUCGAGCAAUGCAAGAAGUCAAGGAUGUCUCGGAUGGUGCUUACAAUUGGCUGGCAGGGAAGAACCCCAAAGAAUGGAGUAAGUCACAUAUUUCAGAGUACCCAAAAUGUGACAUUUUGGUGAAAAAUUUGUGUGAGAGUUUCAAUGCAGCCAUACUUGAUGCUCGCGACAAGCCAAUUAUAACUUUACUAGAGAAAAUUAGAUUUUGGUUGAUGUCUCGGUUUUAUAACAAAAAAGCUGAGUUGGAGAAGAUGACUCAACCUGUGGGGAAGAGAAUUUUGAAGAUAAUUGAGAAGCAAAAAGAGGUUGCAAAGCAUUGUCUGGUUACUAGGUCUGACAAGUUUCAGUUUCAGGUUCAAUGUAGCAAUGGUAGUGCCUUGGUUGUCGAUUUAGAAUUCAGAACUUGUACAUGUAGGAGGUUUCAACUAUCUGGGCUUCCUUGUGGCCAUGCACUAGCUACUAUCUGGUUCAUGGGAGGUAAUGUCUUUGAUUAUGUCCACGGAUUCUAUAAACAAGAAUCAUUGCAAAAAGCAUAUGAACAGAGUGUGCAUCCUAUGCCUAGUCCAGAUAUGUGGCCUCAGACAGGACUCAACCCAAUUGAUCCACCACCUGAGACGAAGCUGCCUGGAAGACCUAAGAAAUCUAGGAGAAGGGAGACAGAUGAACCUCCACCUUCUUUAAAGAAAGCUCGAAGAACUGGACAAGUUAAAACAUGCAGAAAUUGUCUGAAAACAGGCCACAGGAGAGAAACAUGCAAAUCUGCUAAGGUGGUUGAGAAUUGUGUGGUCAAAAAGCGAGGUCGUCCACCACUGCAGAAACCAACUGAAUCCACACUUUUAAUGAAGGAAAGAAGACUGAAACAACAUGCUAAAGGAGGAACUAGUGGUGCAAAGAAUGCUCAACCCGAUACUGUCUGA